AGGGUAUAUUUGGAAAUUAAACAUGGUUAAAAAGGACAAACAGAACAGACUAAAGGCAAAAACAAGGCCGAGGUGAUGUAACGAUUACACGUUCCAAUUUUGCAUCACCAAUUUAAAAAUGGAAAGGAAAAUUAAAGAUGAAUUUAGACUGAGGAAAUUUGGAUUUUCGCAUUUUAGCGCCGACUCUUUGGUGCUGUCUCAGUGGGAUAUCCCGGCGCCUGUUUACGUGGUGUACCGGGUGUUGGUGUCCGCCUACUGCGUGUUCGCCUUCACACAGCUCUUCGUCACCGCUCAGGACCCUAACCACAGGCUGAUGGCUUAUCUCACCGUAUGGACAUACCUUCUGCUCACUAUUUACUUUGUGUCUUCGUUGCUUGUGACGUUAUACAGAACGUACAUCGGACGUGGACGACGUCAGUCAGUAUCAGAGACGGUCAGCUUCGCUAGACAAACGGACGCAAACGUAAACGCUGUCACACAAAAUGGCUACAGAAAUCCAGCCUUUAACGAUACAGAGAAACAGUCGAGAGCCGUUGUUGCCUCCAGUGCUUCGUUUCAAAAUGGAAAAAUUAAUAACAUAAGCGUAGAAACGUCAGUCUCUACAUUGAACGAAGUUGACGCAACAGUGUGGUACAUGAAGAUUACUUGGCUGAUUGGAGAUUGUGUAUACGUUUUUGCGCCAGUGGUGACCGUGGUGUACUUCGGCGCCCUCUACCCCGCCAUUGGUCACACAAACUACGUUGACGUCAACGUACACGGCGUCAACAGCGUUUUCGUAUUUAUUGACGCUUUUAUGGUCGCCCGCCCCGUCCGGCUUUUACACGCGAUCUACCCAGUAUUUUAUGGCUUGUGCUAUCUUAUUUUCAGUAUUAUUUACUGGAGCGCUGAUAAGGUAAAUAACGUACUCUACAAGAACGUUUUGGACUGGAACCAGCCUGGACUUACGGUUGGUGUCGUUGCAGGUCUGACGUUCAUCGUUAUUCCGCUGCUACAAUUGCUACAUUACGGCAUCUAUCGGCUAAGAUUGAUCAUGUACAGGCGGCUAUAUGGACGGGAGUUUAAUGACUGAAGACCAGUCGGGUUUCCUGUCUUGAACAUGGGGUCCGUCCGUUUUGAAAAAAAAACGUUUUUGGAGUACAGCGUUCUCAAAUUAAAUUGUGUACAUACUGAACACUGUUGCAUAACAAUUCUAUCGGUGACAGCGAUCACGCUUGAUUGCAUUCUGAACUCCUCGGCCAUUUGUAUCGAAAACAACCUCGGAUGUAGGCUGGCACAUCAGUAGAAGUACUUCGUAAAAAACUAUAAACAGAUAAUAAGUUCAUAAGAAUGUUAAUUUCAUGCUUCAAAAUGACAUGGAACGAACUGCAAACAAACCGAAUUGGUGUUCACUUACUAAAGACCUUUUUUGUUUAGGUUUAUUUGACGCAUGGUUUUAUCAAGAAAUUGGUAAUUAUAAUAUUGGUUGAAUUAUUUUUGUCAUUAGGCCUAAAAAUGCUUUUGAUUCAGGUUACCCGACCAUACAUACGAAAUAGGCGCCGAUCCUACUGUUUUUAUAGUUAGUUGUUAAAAAAGAAGAGAUAUACAGAAGAUAAUUAUGACACCAUUCUCCAAUGAUGACAAUAACUUUCUUAUAUAAUGCCCAUUAAAAAAGCCGACCUACCCUACCUGUUUUUGAAAAGGAUGUAACCCUAACCAAACCAUUUUUUAGGCUUCAAGUAUAAGACUUCAGCCAUACUUCAAAAUAUUGAGUGUUAAAAAGUUCCGUAAGUCUAUUUCGAAAUUGCGGUUAUCCUUACACAGAUUAAGCAUUGAAACAGGUAGAUGGAAUAGACCGCAAUCAAAACCAUUAAACGAACGUGUAUGUACCAUUUGUAAUUUAUUAGAAGACGAGCAUCAUUUUGUUUUAGAGUGCACAUUGUAUACUAGUUAGAUAUUUACAUAUUUACCUAGGUAUUAUAUAAAACGUUCCAGUAGGCCUACUUUAUUGGAACUUUUAAAGCUGCUCUCUCACAGAUAUACCACUUUUACAACUUUUUUUUUGUCUUAGAAAGAGCAAAGUUUUGCGUAAAUAUCUGCAAACCAAUGAUAAAAUAUUGCUGACAAAAAUCAGAUCGCAGAUUCUCAUAUUUCCGUUCGAAAAAUAAUGUUUUAUGGCUUACACCGUUAAAAAAGGUUUAAGAAAAAUGCAUAAAACAUCAAGUUUUGAACUUAAAUAUAAAAAUCUGCGAUCUAUUUUUUUGUCAGCAGUCUUAUAUAACUGGUUUCCAUGGAUUGUCGCAAACAUUGUCUCUUUCCGAGACAAAAAAUAAAAAAAAAGUUGUGUAAACGUUCAAUCUGUGAGAGUGCAGUUUUAAUUUCGAAAAUGAUGCAUUUUGAAAAAAAAUGUAAGUGUGUAUAUUUUUAAAGCAUUUGAAUUAAGAAACACUACGUUAAAUUCCAUGUAAUUUGUACAGGUUUGUUGUAAUUGUCAUUUAUUUGUUUGUUAACAAUUACACAGUAACUUAAUCAAGUGCUCUUAUGAAAACAAAGAUAAGUAUUAACUAUUGGUGCAACUCCAUGUCCGCAUGAUUAUAUAUUUAUUGUUAUGAUUUAUUCAUACAAUCGUUUUUGCAUAAAUUGUGUUUAGUAUGUCAUUGCUGCUUUUGCCGCCAUUGUAUAUUUACAUGUUUGCCAGAUGGGUCUGUGACCUUCUUGGAAAUAAAUGUUUUGUUCUGUUCUGUUCUGUCCUAUAAUAAAGGGUUGCUAGUCGGCUAGCUUGUGACCACUAUAGUGACCGCUGUCGGCUUACUAAAACAUCAAAUGUUUUUGUUAUUCGUAUAAAAAUUUAUCUUGCUUAUGGAACGGAGUUUGAGUCAGUGAUAAAUAUUUAAACAAAUAAAAGAAGAUAAUUGUA